GGUGAGCAUAAUGGGUGUGGCCUUUUUAACCGUUUUUGCAUCUGUCUGUCAGAGGUCACUCUAAAGAGGAAAGCACUGUGGAUGAUCAGGCUUUGGAUGCAUCCCUGGAAACAACCCCCUUGCAGGAUGGAUACUAAGAUUUACAAAGCCUCCCUGGUAUGUCUUCUGUUUUUCAUGUUCAAAGUGUCGUGGGCUGUGAGUCCCACACCCACAGAUCAAAAGAUGUCUCUCAGUAAAGCUACGACUCCCACUGGUCUCACUGAGAAUGUGACAAAGUUUCAAACAAAAUGCACAUCUACUCCAGUGUCGUCGAUAAUGGAGACAACACCCAAAAGCAAAACCCACCAAGCUGUUGUCUGGGAUCCACAGUGGAACAAACCUUUCACCUAUGAUUACGAAUCUCUGCGAUAUGCUGGCCUGAUCAUUGCCGGCGUGCUCUUUGUUAUGGGGAUUAUGAUCAUUGGCUGUGGCAAGGUCUGCCGGCUGCCCAAGUGUCACAAGAGGUCAUCGAAGUCAUAUCAUGUGGCCCAAGGAUGAGCAGAUAUGCAAAUAAUGGCAGCCAUGGAAAGUUUCAAGACAUCAUGCAGCACUCGUCUUCAUCGGAAAAACACUUGACUAAUGCCUGGCAACGUGUUUGUGUGCGGACUGGCAGACUUAACGUGUUGCUUCUUAACUGUCCUAGAAGUUUGAGUAAGCACAAAUAUUGAUGCAUGCUGAUAAGUAAAAACAAAAAUGGAGCCUGUCUGUAAAAUUAACUGCACUGGAAAAUUAUUUAUAUUAAAAUAAAAGACAAGGUCACUUAUUUGAAUUAUGUCAACUGAUAUAAAACAAGGCUCAUAAUGGUAUGUUGGUGAUUUAUUUUUUUUGUAUCACUAUAGUUAUAAGGAAUAAACACAUUUACACACA